AUGAAAGUAUUAUUUAUUUUAAGUGUAUUUAUAAUCACAACGUGUGAUGCCAGCCUCACUAGUCGCAUUGGAGGCGGAUCCGUGGGUGACAUUGCGAAGUAUCCAUUUGCUAUAUCGUUGCUACGACAGCAAGGUGAAGUCUUUCGACACCAAUGCGGUGGAACCAUCAUCAGUAACAACGCUAUUUUAACAGCUGCUUCGUGCUUCUUUACUGGCAGCGUAGUGGAUGAUGCAUUUUUAUGGCGCGCUAGAGUAGGCUCGUCAUAUUCCAACCGUCUAGGCCUCAUUCACAUCAUAAGACGUAUCACAACGAACCCAGACUUCCAGCAGAUCACAAGGGUGCAUAAUGUAGCAGUUGUUCGGCCCACCAUACCUUUUACCUAUGGGGAAACUGUCCAAGCUGCUUAUUUAGCUGGGGGGGCGUAUAGCUUGCCCGCAGCAGAAGGUGUGCAAGCUAUUGGCUGGGGAGUUACAUCUACCAAUGGCGUCAUCUCGUCAGAUCUCCGUGAAACAACUAUUUGGGUGACCGACUUCGCGACCUGCGUUAACCGGUACAGCGAGCUUAACCUCACGGUCACCGACAAUAUGCUGUGCGCUGGAUGGCUCGGUGUUGGUAUUCGGGGACAGUGUGAGGGAGAUACGGGAAGCCCCCUCCUCCAUAACAACGUAGUGGUUGGAGUGUUUUCUCAUAGCGAAGGUUGUGCUUCUCCCCGAUAUCCAGGAGUCAAUACUAAAGUAUCUUCUUACUCACGGUGGAUUGAAGACUCAGCCGUUGCAGCUUUGUAA